AUGUCCUACCAAUACAAGGUGACGGAGCGCAGGCGGAGGACUACAAACACCGGGGGCUACGCAUACUCAGGCAACAGGUCAACGUUCGGUUACUGGGUGCCGCUGGUACUCACUGUCACAGCAGCAACAAUUGGCCUGGCCGCUUGGGUCUGGAGCGAACGGCACGAUGAUGAGGAAGACUCGAGUGAAGACGAACACUACCCGGGAGGUGUCCCGCCUCCAGGGUAUGCAAGCAUGAGUGGUGCGGUGCCUCCGGGUGUCCCAAUGUCUGGCCCUGAUUACCCACAGACUGGAGCUCCUAUGAUGCCAGGCCCGCAACAGCCUGGUGGAUUUGUAGCUCCUGCACCUGGAGAGUAUCGGGGUCCGCCGCCAACAGGCUUCCCUGGUGGUGGUGGACAGUAUAAUACUGCUCGCUCAACAGCGGCCUACCAAACAGAGGAGACGGGUUUGGUCGCAAGGAUGUCGAGUGCACUUGGAUUUGGCCGCUCAACGACUCCUUCCCAUGAUCAACCUCAAGCCCAAGCCCAGUCCUAUGACUGGGCCAACAAACCAUUUUCGGCCGGCAUUGCGGCAGCGGGCGCAAUGUUCGGUGCCGCCAUCAACUCGUUGGGUGGUGGGAGCACGGAAGCAUACGAGGAUCACGAAAGGUGGAGCGAAGAGGCAGAACAACGGGACAAUGAAAGAGAGGUAACGCAGGGCAUUCGGCGGCGCGGAACGGCCGAAGAAUUCUUCUCCGGGCAAGUCGAAAUCCCAAAAUAUGCGUCUAUCGCCAGACACAAACGAAGGAAUGUGGCCGUCGUUGUGUCUGCAGUUGCCUCCGACAUCGAUGCCCAGUCGGAGGUGGGCCAGCAUGCCUCUAUUCUUGCGCAUCUAAGCGACUAUGUCGACAUAGAUACGACAAGAGUCUUUGUCCUCAUCUAUGCACCCGAUCUGAAGACACAUCCCCUAUGCCCUAUCGCCGCCAGGGGAACCUCGCAGUCAAUGACGUCGUCUUUCUCGAACAUCAGUCAAACCGAUGCACACACUCCAGCUCAAACGCCAGGAGAUUUCCCUUCUGGGUCAGAAGAGGGUAUCAUGGCGCCCGUGGAUCACAUUCCACUUGAAGAACCAUCCUCCCUCUACCAGACUCUGUGCAACCAAGCCACAGAAAUCGUCGACCAAGAAACCCUGAUCUUACCUUAUACUUCACCUAACGGACACAAGCAUAUUCUGCGGAGCCUUGCGCCCGAGAUUGUGUACAUCCAGGAAUCUCUGUGUGGUCGAGACGGGGAAAUUGUUUCAGAUCUCUCCGGAUGGGUGCGGCAAACCGUCGUCGUUAUCGGUGAUGAGGGUGGCCAUGGCGGCUUGAUUGACACAGAUGACGAAGCGACUACCCAAAAGCCCGACACAUGGUGGCAGAAGGAAGAAAGGACUGGCCUUGGGAAACGGGUUGCAGUAGUGGAGAGCUUGAAAAUAGGAGAGGACUGGCAAAGGCGUGUCGAUGAGAAGGAAUAG